AUGAAGGUCCUGCCGCCCCAAGCCGAAAUCGACGCCAACCGCGCGAGUCGCCAGCGGGACGAUCUCCAGGCGCAGCUCUCGGAGCGGACGCGCCUCGUGACGCACAUUUCCGUCUCCAAGAUGGGUCCCCGGACGCAACCCCGAAUGCCCGGGAAGCCCGUCGUUUUGAACCACGAAAAGCUGUGGGUCCCCCCCGAGAACAUCGAGCCCAUCGACGACUACUCCCCUUUUCAACUGCAAGCGCUCCAUCGCGCCGAGCGGCUCGUCAUGGAAGCCGACGAAGUGCGGUACAAGGCGAUUCUGCGCUUCGACCUGGAGUACUACUCGGCGCGGCGCAUCGCCUCGAUGUUCCGCUGCCACCGCGCGUACGCCAAAUACCAGAUCCUCACUGCGCGCCGGCACGCCGCGGCCGCGACGAUUCAGUGCGUCUACGAAGCGUACUUGUACAGAAAGGCCGUGCAACUGCCCUCGUGGUGCGUCCUCGGGCAGCAAGUCAUGGUGGCGAUGGUCCUUGCCCGGCGCGCGGCCAUUUGGUUUGAGUUUUACCGGGGACGGGACUUUUCCGCCGGCAACUUCGCGACGGACGCCACCAAGUCGCUCGACGAGCUCAAAACUCUGUGCCGUCACGACGACAAGUGCGCGGCGUUCGCCUCGGACGGGUCCCUGAAGCGGUUCGUGCCGCGCCAACUCUCGCAGCUGCAGCCCUUUACCAAUCUGCGGACGACUUUGGCUCCCACCGACGGGCUUUACAUCAAGCGGCUACCUCGAAGCGACGCGGACGUGAUUGCGAGUGCCAUCAUCACGAGUGUGCCGCACAACAAGUUUGGGACCGUCGAGGUCGUCUAUGACGGCACCGGCGUCAUCGAAAUGGUGCCCGUGCAGAAGCUCUCGCCCCGCUUUGUGCACGAGUAUGACUUUGCCUCGGACACGUGGCACUACGUGGAUCAAGUGUCCAAAGCGCAACAGGCGACUGCCCCCGAGCCGUUCGCCGAAGCGACCGAGCGCCAAGCCAUUAUCGACGAGCGCAAACGACUGCAUGCGCGGGCCAAAGACGAAGCGUACAAGCGCAAGGUCGAAGCGAGCGCCGUCAAGCUCCAAUGCGCGUUUCGAAGCAAACGCGCACGGGCCAAGUUUCGCCAUCUCUUGGAGGUUCGCCUCAAGGAGCUCGAGCACCAAGCGGUCGUCGAUGCGGCCGCCGCCAAAGUGGCCGAGAAGACAAAAAAGCGUUGGCGCCGCUGGUUUCGGUGGUGGAACUAG